AUGGAGGUGCCCAAUGUCAAGGACUUUCAGUGGAAGCGCCUUGCUCCACUGCCUAGCCGCCGAGUCUACUGCUCACUGUUGGAGACCGGGGGGCAGGUCUAUGCCAUCGGGGGAUGUGAUGACAAUGGAGUCCCCAUGGACUGCUUCGAGGUCUACUCCCCCGAGGCCGACCAAUGGACUUCCCUGCCCUCCCUGCCCACAGCCAGGGCCGGGGUAGCGGUUACUGCCCUAGGAAAGCGGAUUAUGGUGAUCGGGGGUGUGGGCACCAAUCAACUGCCUCUGAAGGUCGUGGAAAUGUACAAUAUCGAUGAGGGCAAGUGGAAGAAGAGGAGCGUGCUGCGUGAGGCUGCCAUGGGCAUUUCUGUUACAGCCAAAGAUUAUAGAGUGUAUGCUGCAGGUGGGAUGGGACUGGACCUUCGACCACACAACUACUUGCAACACUAUGACAUGCUAAAGGACAUGUGGGUGUCACUAGCACCCAUGCCCACUCCAAGAUAUGCGGCCACCUCCUUUCUCCGGGGCUCCAAGAUCUAUGUGCUGGGGGGACGACAGUCUAAGUAUGCAGUCAAUGCCUUCGAGGUCUUUGACAUAGAGUCUCGGUCCUGGACCAAGUUCCCCAACAUUCCCUGCAAGCGGGCUUUCUCCAGCUUUGUGACCCUGGACAACCACCUGUACAGUCUGGGAGGCCUGCGACAGGGUCGUCUCUAUCGGCAACCCAAGUUCCUCCGGACAAUGGAUGUUUUCGACAUGGAACAGGGGGGAUGGCUGAAGAUGGAACGCUCAUUCUUUCUCAAGAAGCGCCGGGCAGACUUUGUGGCUGGUGGUCUGAGUGGACGGGUCAUAGUGGCUGGGGGACUUGGAAACCAGCCCACUGUCCUGGAGACAGCAGAAGCAUUCCACCCAGAGAAGAACAAGUGGGAGGCCCUCCCUGCCAUGCCCACACCCCGCUGUGCCUGCUCCAGCAUUGUCUUCAAGAACUGCCUGCUGGCUGUGGGAGGUGUCAGCCAGGGUCUGAGUGAUGCCGUAGAGGCGCUCUACGUCUCUGAAUCCUAG